AUCUCCCCAGAUUAACGCGCACCCCUGGUUCUGGCAGCACUUUUUGCCUCUUCCAGCUAAAAGACGAUGUCACCUUGGGAGGAGCCCGGACUCCAAGUGGAUGCUGGAUGUUGCUGGAAAGGCGGGGCAGGGCACAGCCUUCUGACCCUAGACUCAGCAAUGUGAGAGAAGUGAUGGGAUGAACGUGGGGAAUGAGCGCCCUCCCUCUGGCACUCCGCAGUGCCUGGCGCGGUGGCGCACGCUCACUCGGCUUGAGAGGCGGGCGGGGCAACGCUGACGUCAUCCACGCCCCCCCCCCCAGCAGAGGGGCGGUGGCCGAGCUGGCUACUCCGAGCACAUUGACGGACAGAGGGACAGAGAGACGGGACCUGCAGGCACACGUCCAGGCCAUGCCCGGGGAGGCUGCGCGUGCUGAACUGCCGCUGUCUGAGGCAGGAGGGCCAGGAUCCCGCACAGAUAUCUCAUGUGAUGCAGCCAAUGCCACCAUCCUGAAAGGGGACCAACGGGAGCCCCAUGCCCUGACCCCAGGGCCCAGCCUUCUGGCUCUCACAUUCCUGUCCAGCAAACCAGGUGCCCGGCCCCAGCCUGAGGGAGCCAGCUGGGAUGCAGGGCCCAGUGGGGCUGCCUCAACCUGGGUGGACCCAGCAGAGGGCAGCCCAAGUCCAGGGGUCCUCCCCGAGGGCCUACCUCUCCAGCCUUUGUCUGCUGAUGUCCCUCUCCCCACCACCCUGGAGCCCCGCAUCGUGAUGGGUGAGGAGACAUGCCAGGUCAUCCCUUCACCCAGGGCAGCCUGGCCAGCGCUCAGGGACCGGGAGGGUGGGCACAUGGCCCUGCAUCCACCUCCAGAGCUGUGUUCUCAGGGUGAUCCUCCUGUGCCUUUCCCUCCCCCUGACCUUGAGUCCUACUUCACACCCCCCUCCACUCCCACCAAGACCAUCUAUGGCCUGCUCCCUGACCAUGGGCCCCACAGGGACGCCUGGGACCUGGAGGCAGAGCUGCUGGAUGAGUUACUGGACUCAACGCCAGCUUCACCCUCAGGCUCCUAUAUUACAGCAGAUGGGGACAGCUGGGCCUCAUCGCCUUCCUGUUCCCUCAGCCUGCUGGCCCCAGCUGAAGGGCUGGACUUUCCCUCCGACUGGGGCCUCUCCCCGUCAGGGUCUGUGGUAGACGAACUAGAACCACACCCCACAGACCCUCCAGAGCCUCCAUCCUCCGAGUCUAGCCUCUCAGCCGACAGCAGCUCUUCCUGGAGCCAAGAGGGCCAUUUCUUUGACCCGACCUUCUUGGCCAACGACCCGAUGAUCCCUGCCGCCCUACUACCCUUCCGGGGUAGCCUCAUCUUCCAGGUGGAAGCCGUGGAAGUGACACCCCUGUCCAAAGAGGAGGAGGAAGAGGAGGUAGCUGCUGCUGCUGCCACCCCGGAUGGAGACCUGGCCGGAGAGGGCGAGGAUGACAGCACAUCUGGCUCCUUCCUGCAGUCACUGUCCGAUCUGUCCAUCAUCGAGGGCAUGGACGAGGCCUUCGCCUUCCGGGACGAUACCUCGGCCGCCUCCUCAGACUCGGACUCCGCUUCCUAUGCCGGGGCAGAUGACGACAGGCUGUACAGUGGGGAGCCCCAUGCCCAGCCCAGUGCCGAGAGUACAGAGCAGGAGCACAGAAGCAGGGUCACAUUUCAGGGGACAGAGCACGAAGCCCAUCUCACCAAUAGCCAGGAAUCAAUUGCAGAACUAGCAGAAGAGGCUCCAGUUUUAGGCAGAGAGUCUGAAGCUACUGUGCCCCUCCCUGAUCUGCGAGCAGCUCCAGACCCCCAGGAAGAAGCUACCACAGUCACCCCCAGGGGAGGGAACGAAGAAGUUGAUGCGGUUGCUCAGCAAGCACCCAGCGCACUGCCCCAGCCCUGCCAGCAGGGGCUGAGCACAACUUUAGGCUCUAAGCCUGUCCCUGCACAACCAAUUCUAGAUCUGCAGGAAGAAGCAAGCCCCACCUGUCCAAUCCUUCCUGAUAACCUGAAGGAAGGAGGCCUGGUCCUUCCCUCCACACUGGAGAAUGUGGCUGUGGCUUCAGUGAGACCCCAGAAGGCCGAGGGAGCUACUGCAGUGCCCCAGGACUCCCCUAUUACUUUAGCCCCGUUAUUGCAAUGUGCAGAUCCCGCCUCAGGCCCAGAGUCUGUGGCUGUAGUCACUCUGAGGCUCCGGCAAGAUGAGGGGUGUGUCAUAGCAGUGCAGGAUGCCCCUGUGGCACCAUCACCUCCACUCCUACAGAGUACAGAUGUGGCUACAUUUGGGUUCCAGCAGGCUGAGGAAGGCAUCACAGAACCCCAAGACUCCCCUGUGGCAUCAUGCCCACCCCUGAAAGGCUCAGACCCAGAACCUGAGGCUCUGGCCACAUUGGGGUCCCAGCAGGAUGAAGGGAUUGCCCCAGUACCCCAGGAUUCUCCUAUAGCAUGUCUACCCCUGCAAGGCUCAGACCCCACCUCAGACCCAGAGCCUGAGGCUCUGGUCACACUGGGGUCCCAACAGGAUGAAGGGAUUACCCCAGUACCCCAGGACUCUCCUACAGCAUGUCUAUCCAGGCAAGGCUCAGAACCUGAGGCUCUGGUCACACUGGGGUCCCAACAGGAUGAAGGGAUUACCCCAGUACCCCAGGACUCUCCUUCAGCAUGUCUAUCCAGGCAAGGCUCAGAACCUGAGGCUCUGGUCACACUGGGGUCCCAGCAGGAUGAAGGGAUUGCCCCAGUACCCCAGGACUCUCCUAUAGCAUGUCUACCCCUGCAAGGCUCAAAUCUCACCUCAGACCGAGAGCCUGUGCUUGCUGCCACACUGGGACCACAGCAGGCUGAGGAGGGUGACACCAUACCCCAGGUUACCCCAGUAGCAUCAUCUUCACCCCUGCAAAGCUUAGAUUCAACCUCAGAACUACAACCUGUGGCUGCAGCCACACUGGAGUCCCAGCAGGCUGAAGGCAAUGCCACAGCAGCCCAGGACACCCCUGAGAUGGCACCUCCUUCCCCCCAAGAUACAGAUUCCACCUCCGACCCAGAGCUAAUAGUCCAAGACAUCGUUCAGACACUGCAGAGAGAAACAAGCUACACCCCAGAGACGAAGCCUUCAGCCUCUGAGGUCCAUGAGGAAUCAGGCAUGGCCUUAGGACCAAAGCCAGUGCCCAGGGAGCAGGAUGCAGACCCCCCACUAGACUCGGCACUCCCUGCUCCAAAGCCAGCCCAACAGAAUGGCUCAGAGCCAGCUGUAAAAGCUGAUAACCCUGGGGCUCCAGAAGAGCCAUGUCCCACCUUGAGCACAAAGACCUCUGAGCCUGCAUCUUGUGCGGGAGAGGAAGUAGCAGAGAGUCUUUCUGCACUCAAGCAAGGAGCAUGUCUUGAAGCGCGUGAUGGGGUCAAGACCCACUCACCUCAAAGAGAGGCCCUGGGGGCCAAGAACAAGCGGGGCAGAGGUCACAAAGCACCAGGGCACGGAAAUGGGUCUAAAUCGGCAUCCCAAGGUACAGGGGAGACUUCCAAGGCACAUUCUGCUGCAGGCUCUGAGGUCAGCCAGACACAGCUGACCUCAGCUGUGGAGGGAAGGGCCCUGAGCAGCAAGGACACCUUGGGCCCCAGGCUUCCUGCGGCUCUAUCCGUGCAAGCCAGGCUAGGUUCCUGCCCAGGGUCCCCAGCAAGGGCCACAUGCACACUGAGCAGAAUCUACUCUGAAGAGACUGCCAGGUCUGUGCCACCCUUCCUGCAGCUUGAGCCCAUGCUAGGCCUGGGUAGCAGAGAACGGUCUCAGAGGACCCCAGGUGCCCUUAAUCCUUCCCUGGCAAACUCCGCUAGUGACCUGCCCACCGCAUCCCAGAAGAGGUUCCAGGACCCUGACCCUCCUGCUCCCAGUGCCCUCGACAGGGCAUCCCAAACAUCCCCAGCCUCCUGCCUGUGUCCCACUCCCCAGAAAGCCUCUGUGGAAGAGGAGCCCCCAGCCUCUCGUGGUCUGAUGCCUCGGGCAGGAGCCCAGGGACCUGCUGCCGUUACUGCCUCAGGAUUCACAAAGCCUCUGGGGGCCCGGCAGCGUGUCAGCCUCUCACCUCACUCCACCCUCAACCCCAAGGUGAACCCCACAGAUGCCAAAGACCUGGCUUGCAUCAUCUCAAGCCCCUGCCAAGUGCCUCCUCCCUCUGGGACCCAGAACCCAGCUGGCCCUCGAGGGUUCCCAGCCCAUGAGCAACAAGAGGAUGAAGACAGCCUAGAGGAAGACUCACAGAGGGCCCCAGGCUCUGGCCAGCAUUCGGAUAGCCACGGGGAGUCGUCCGCCGAGCUGGAUGAGCAGGAUAUCCCAUCUCAGAAAGCGCAGUGCCCGGCACAGGGCUCAGCAGGCAGCAAUGAGGAGACCAUUGCCAAAGCCAAGCAAAGCCGCAGCGAGAAGAAGGCUCGAAAGGCAAUGUCGAAACUGGGCUUACGGCAGAUCCAGGGGGUCACCAGGAUCACCAUCCAGAAGUCCAAGAGCAUCUUGUUUGUCAUUGCCAAGCCAGACGUCUUCAAGAGCCCCGCUUCCGACACCUAUGUGGUCUUUGGUGAGGCCAAGAUUGAGGACCUGUCCCAGCAAGUACACAAAGCUGCAGCAGAGAAGUUCAAGGUGCCCUCAGAGUCCUCAGCACUGGUCCCCGAGUUGGCACCUGGACCCCGGGUGAGGCCAGAGUGCGAGGAGCAGGAGGAGGAAGAUGAGGAGGUAGAGGAGGCUGGACUGGAACUUCGUGACAUCGAGCUGGUGAUGGCCCAGGCCAAUGUGUCCAGAGCAAAGGCCGUGCGGGCACUGAGGGACAACCACAGCGACAUCGUUAAUGCCAUCAUGGAACUGACAAUGUAGCUACUGACUGGAAGCUCGGGCUGCUCUGCCUCUCCCCAGCCUGUUGCCCAAUAAAUGAGUGUCACAUCA